GCCAUAAUAAUUGCCAUCAGUAGGCAGCACUAGUGCGCUGUUGUUCGACAGCGGAUCCAAAGCCCUCGCCUUUCUGCUUUCUUUCUUGGAUUCUUCCUCUUUCUAUUGCCUAAAACAUUUUCGCGGAAAAACCCAUUUGCUCAUUUUCCCGGGAAAAGAUUCCGAGUAGUAGAGGGUUCCUGCAUUUGGUUGAUACUCAUCUCACUAGCAUCUCUCUUUCUAUGCUCUUAACGCGAGUUGAAUUGAAUUGAAAUGACAGCAUCAAGAGAAGUGUCAACGAUGAUAAAGCAAGGGUUUAUCUCAGACCCAACACUUUCUUUUUCACCUUCAAGAGCUUCCUCAACUGCAACACUCUCUAGGGUUUUAAACUCUCCUAACUCAAAAACCGUACUCUCUCCACCCCACUUCAACUCCAAUGAGUCGACUCAACCGCCAACUCGCCCGGGUCACCACCCAACUCUGUUUCAAAUGAUGUCUGAGGAGCAAGCCCUUGAACAGAACCGCCAAAGAUCCCAAUCAAAAGUAUCAAAAAUAUUAAAAGAAUUUGACAAUUUGAAUAAUUGUGGGUUGGGAUUGGGUGAUGUGAGGCUUACUGUGAUUGGGAGAGAUGGGUAUAGGGUUUCAUUUGAUGCGCAUAAGUGGGUUUUGAUAGAGAAAAGUGGAUUCUUCAGGGAGAAGUUACGAGACAGAGAGAAGGGAGUUAUGCAUACAGUGGAGAUAAGUGAGUGUGAUGAUGUAGAGGUGUACCUGGAGACUCUGGUAUUGAUGUAUUGUGAUGAUUUGAAGAAGAGAUUGAUGGGUGAGGAGGUCUAUAAAGUCUUGGCAUUGCUUAAGGUAUCUGCAGCUAUCAUGUUUGAUGCAGGGAUUAUGUCAUGCUUAGAAUACUUGGAAGCUGUACCAUGGUCUGAGGAUGAAGAGGAAAAGGUCAUCUUUCAUCUUAGUCAACUUCAGCUUCAUGACUCAGCAACUGAAGUUCUCCAAAGAGUGUCAACCGAACUAUCUACUUCUCCUAGAGCUGAUGACAUCUUCCUGAAAUUGCUGAAUGGUGUUCUACAAGCCAAAGAUGACAAGGCUCGUCGAGAGAUGAAAACUGUAAUUUCUAGGUUAUUUAGAGAAGAUUCAUCAGAUCAUGAUAAUAGGCUUGAUGUUUCUAAAGAUACACUUUAUUCUCUCUGCCAUGGAUGUCUCAGUUCGCUUGUCCUAUGCUUAUCUGAGGCUACAUGCAUGGAUGAUACCAGGCAUGACCGAGGUGGUUUAAUGAGUGAAAUAGCUCGAGAAGCUGAAAAUUUGCAGUGGAUUGUUGAUAUUUUAAUUGAUAAACAAGCAGCAGAUGAGUUCGUGAAAUUAUGGGCAGAUCAGAAGGAGCUUGCAGUUCUCCAUUCAAAGAUUCCUACCAUUUACCGACAUGAAAUCAGCAAGAUUACUGCACAACUAUGCAUUGCCAUUGGGAGAGGACAAAUCUUGGUACCAAAAGAAACUCGGUUUUCCUUGUUGUCAACCUGGUUGGAAGCUCUUUAUGAAGACUUUGGAUGGAUAAGGAGGGCUUGUAAAUCUGUUGAUAAGAAACUAGUUGAGGAUGGACUAGGGCGGACAAUUCUUACCUUACCAUUGCUGCAACAACAGGCUAUUAUGCUGAAAUGGUUUGAUCGAUUCCUUAACAAGGGGGAUGACUGCCCCAAUAUUCAAAGAGCAUUUGAGGUUUGGUGGAGAAGAGCUUUUAUCAGACAAUAUGCGGGUGAACAGGAUAAUUCCCAGUUGCAAAUAACAGUUUGUGAUUAUCCGAACUGAAGGAUUGGAGCAGUGCUCUAGUCUCUCAAGUCCUUUCAUAAUGAGAUGGAUUCUGCAUACAAACCUAGUUAUUGCCCAGGUUGCACUGGAUGUUUAGAUGUGAGAAAAGCUAUAUGCAGCACACUAAUGGAAGGGCUCACUCUGGAUAUUUGGAGGUUGGUGAUGAAUGGCUACAGUCUCCGCUGCAGACAUCAUGGAGAAUUGCAUACGUUUUGCACACAGAAGCAGCUCAUAAUCCAAUCCAAUACAAUAUAGAAGAAGAGCAACAGAACAUAGUUGAACACAAAGCAGAUGAUAUAAAUUUAUGCAAGGAUUCAUCAGACAAGGAAAUGACAAUAACAUUCUGAGUGGCCUAUAUUCUUGAUGUAAGGCUGCUUCUUGUAGACCGCGUCUUCUGGUUUAUUUGGCCUGUUCUGCAUCUUUGAUCAACACUGCUGCUGCAGAGAAUCAUAAAGCAACCAAACCAAAAUCAUAAUAAUAAUAAUAACAAUAAUAAUAGUAGUAACUUACGCAAACUACAGAUGCAUAUACUGUAAAAAUUUAUUAUUAUUGGGCUAUUAUUUCAGUGGUUGAAAGGAUAAAUUUCACAUCUAUGUAGAAAUGUAUCAUGAAAAUACUGUUAUUGAACUAUUAGCUCAAUAGUUGAAUUCCUAUUUGUUAAUACAGAAGCUCAGGAUUCAAAUG